AGCUUUUCGCUUGUUAGAACUAAGAGAAGCUUUGAUCGGCGAGCAUCCCAUCUAUUACCACUUGCUUUUUAAGUUGCUUUGCAAAAGCAAAACAGCGACGCGCAACGGUUCCGAGCCCACCGCAGCCCUCGGGAGUACAAUGACGCAAGUGCUGGAUCCUAUGUUGGACAGUCAUUCACACUUCAGCAGUUCUGUGAUUUCUAAGUUUGAAGAAAAUAUGGAUUUGCAAAUCGGUCUGGAAAGUAUUGGCACACGAAGCUGGCAAGAUGUGGAGAAUUUUCUGUACCCGGACAGCAACCCGUACGAAAGUAGCAUGGUACACAUGAUGACCGGAGCUGCUACCCACUCCUCCCCAACAGCCGUGGCGCCAUCUCUGGCAGUCACUAGCGCCCAGAGUAGCGGCCCUUUGAAAGGGGCUGGCGCUGCCAACGAGGUGUACGACGACCUCCUGGACCUGGAUUUUAUCUUGAACAACACGUCGGACAGCAGCAUGUACCCGGAAGAUGGGACCCUGAAGGUCAAGCAGGAGCCCAUGGCCGGACAUGACCCUCUGCCUGACUUCCACUCAGCUUUUCUGGACAUUCCGGACAUUAAGUACGACACUCUCACAGGCCCUGUGGCCAUCAAUUCGCGAGGCCAAACUGGGGUCAGCGUGGUGCCCUCUAGCGGCAGCCCCAAUGGUGCCACCACCGCAGCAACGUCGGCGGGCCUGGCCCUAAAGGCAGGUCAAGGCCAGACCGAGUUCAAACCCAUGGUGCCCAAGAUGGAGUACCAGCCAAGCGCCUGCACGACCUACACCGGCACCUUCACCGUUAAUUCCCACUUCCCAGAUGCCUACCUGUCGACCCAUGACCUUUCCCUUCCCGGACACAUCUCACCCCCGGCUUCCCCCGAACACCGCGAUGACCAUCACAUGAAAUGCCGCGCACAGAUGUCGCUGUACAGCGCCAUGACCCCACAACAGCAACAACAGCAGCAACAACAACAGCAACAACAGCAGCUGCUGAUGCCUCAACAUCCGCACGUGAUGCAGGCGCAGGCCCAGCACCAGCAUGCACAGAUCCUGCCCAAGAUGGUGGGCGGGGUGCACGGAAUGGGGGUACACGCUGUGCCACACCAGAUCAUCACCCCGCCAUCCUCCCCGCAGCUGGCCGACCUGCUGUUGUCGCAGUCCGGGAUGGAGGUGGGGCAGCAGCCGAAGAAGCGAGGCCGCCGCACCUGGGGCCGCAAGCGCCAGACAUCGCACUCUUGCUCGCACCCCGGGUGCAACAAGACCUACACCAAGAGCUCGCACCUCAAGGCCCACCUGCGCACGCACACGGGGGAGAAACCCUACCACUGCACGUGGAAAGGCUGCGGAUGGAAGUUCGCUCGUUCCGACGAGUUGACCCGCCACUACCGCAAGCACACCGGCGACCGACCCUUCCAGUGCCACCUGUGCGAAAGGGCCUUCUCUCGCUCCGACCACCUCUCCCUCCACAUGAAGCGGCACAUAUGAACUCUGCCCUCUCCCCCCACACACCAGUUACAAUGAACUGUGGAGGAAAGGAUCUUUCGGAGAGGUGUCCUCCAUCUUUCGCUUUGGGGGCAGCCACUUUUUGGGACAGACAGAUGCGUCGGUCGGUGCUUGUUGCACCUGUAGCCCGCCUCUCCUGAACUGUGUACCUGCGCUGCGAAAAUGGACACUUUUUUUCUCUGCUUGUAGGUUUGUCUGUAACCGCUUUGAGGCACACCUUGAGCUGAGACUGAAGGCCCAAAAUCCGAUGACUAGACUUUCGGACCACCCUGCUUCUUGCGUCGGUUUUUUACUUUGGCUUCGGGCACCCGUAACUGCGAGCUAACAGCAAAAAAAAAAAUAGAAACUGUUUUCUUUGCCUCUCAAGAGCGAGAGAGAGAACGAACGAACUUCUACUUUCACCUGAUGGCUUAGAGACGAGUUUGUUCAUGUUUUGCUAGCCACGCAGCUUUGCGUCGGGUGCCGCCUACCCUCGCCAAAAGAACAGACAGAAAGAACAGGGACGUUUUUGGCACUGCCGGCAACAUGCUGGGCCGGGUAGGUGACUGGUUCACUGUACCCGUGCCAUUUUCACCACUUUGUGGAUCACGGACUUAAAUCUCAUUUAUUAAACAACAAAAUUGCAUGAUUUUUGUGGCACUUUAAUUGUCAGGUUUGUUACCGUAUGUGGUUUUUUUUUUUUUUAAAGUACUGCAUUUUUAGCUGCACUUCCCCUGAACCCCACCCUUUGAUUUUUACACGGAGUAAAUUUGAUUUCGCUCCCCUUUUUUUAGUACUUGGCCCAAAAUUUGUCUCCCCAGAAGCAAAUUCUGAAGGGGAAUUGAACCGGGAUCGUUCGGCUGGUCUGACCUUCUCGGGGAGUGUCUUGAGAUGUCCGUGAGUCUACAAGUGAUGGCUGGUGGCCAGAGUGUCUCCCUAGCAGGGGCCUCACCGCUUGGGCUGGCCCCGGUCCGACCAGGGUCAGCGGGCCCGAGAGGAGGGGAGAUCACUCUAACCGCUGGUCAGCAGGUGAUGGCGUCACGCUGCCCGUGCUCACCACGUCACAUGUACAAUGCAUGACACUUCCAGCUUUGUGUAACAUAACCGCUUUUUAUUCAUUUCUGGCUUUUUUCUGUUUGCACAUCGCAUCGCGUUUUAUCGUUUUUAUACCUUGCAAUAUCUCUGAUGCUCUUCCCUGUUCAUUUGUUUCCUCACCAUCUCCUUCCCAGAAUGCCUCAGCAUGCAUGUAGCACAUGUGUUAAGACCUGUGUUUUUUUGGCCAUAAGAUGUUGAUGAUUCUGCAUUGACUGUGCUUAUUUACUUGUUUGUCUCAUGUAUAGAGAUUUAAAAAAAUUUGAUUUUUUUUUCUCCUUGUUUUCAGUUGGCCGAAAUUUCUAUUGUACUGCAUUGAUGCAGAUUUUACGAAAAUUUAUUUAAUAUCUAUGUAACUUUUGUUUCGCAUGUAGUCGCUUAUGAAUCAGAGGCUGGAGCCAACUGGCUUGGCUCAUCAUAUUUUAUUGCUUUGUUAUAUUUGGUUAUUAUUAUUAUUACUCUUUUAGUCAUACUACAGUCGUAACCCCGUUUUUUGCGAAAGAAAUGUUAUAUUUUAUAUGCUUUGUAAUGAGACAGAAGAUCGAGAUAAUGUUGUUACUUCAUCAGCAGUCCUCAAGCGUUGAGCAGAAUAUAUUCAGCAUGUUACGAAAGAUAAUCAAGGGCUGGCUACUUAAAAUUUGUUGGUCGUGUCGAUCACAUGAACGAUCUCUGUACUACUUAAACUAUUUUGGGAUGUGGAGAAAACAUGCAAGUGCACUUAUGCCAAAAUAUUGCGCCAUUUUCACUUUUCCUAAUUUUGUUCAGCUUUUAGUUGUAGGAAAGUUUGAAAAGGUCUUUAGCGAGCUUAGAGAUGGGACGAGGCCUGUGUAGGCUUGACGUGCAGACAAACACACAAACACACACACACAACACACAUAUACAGUUUGUUUUUGGGGUAGGAUGGACUCAUUUAGCCAGACCCACGUGCAAUUUUGUUUUUUCAGUUUUUACAACUCCAAAAUCUGGGCGGCGGGCCGUACAGUUGUGAGCAAUCACAAAUUUGUUUUCCUCUUUAUUUCUUUUUUUCAACUGUAGGAAUAUUUAAUUUUGGCUGAGUCACCGAAGGAGGUCACUUAGUUUGGGCUUUUACUCUUACAAGUCUGUUUGUUUUUGAAACAGACUAAUUAUAUUCAUGGUGCUCAGGUGGGGACCUUAGACUCGCGCAAAUGUUUACAUUUUUUAUAUUUAUGGGGAAAAUUGACAAACGAAAUAUGAAUAUUGCAUAUUGCAUGUCACUGCGCAAGAGGAGAAGAUAUUAAAAUAGAUUAUAAAUUUUCAUUGGUUUCUCAUGUGCUAAAAAUUAAAAUUGUUCAAAGUAAUUUAUCUUGAAGUGAAAGUGUCUAGACAUCAUGUCAAAUAUAUUUUAAAGGUUAACGAAUAUAUCCUCGUAUUUUUAAUGUUGCUGUUUACUUUCUUCAUAUGACUAAGAGUGAUCUUUGUUAUAUUGAAUCUGAAGCUAGUGUAUACCAUAGAGUUUGUAUUUUUGUACCUGAAUGCCAUCACUAGUCAACAAGAAAUGUUAUGUGUGCCAUAUGAUACUUUAGUCGUGGGGUCACGGCUCUAUUGAAUGUGCUCUGGCAGCACACUUUCUAUACUGUUCUCAUGACUGGGUAAACGGAAGUAUAUAACAGUCUCGCAUGUACUACUAAUUGGCACAAAAUAAAUUAUUUAUUAUAAGUUCUUAA